ACUCCAACCUUGCCCCCCCCCACCUCUCGGCCCAGGUCUCAUCCCUCCCACCAUUCCAUUCUAUUCUCUCGUCUCUUUCGCUUCCUCCUGUUCCUCUCCCCUUUCUACAGAGGGUAUAAUCGCCACCGUCCAUCGGUCGGCCAUGAGGAUGAGCUGCAACGGAUGCCGGGUCCUCCGGAAGGGAUGCAGCGACAACUGCACCAUCCGCCCCUGCCUCCAGUGGAUCAAGAGCUCCGAGGCCCAGGCCAAUGCCACCGUCUUCCUUGCCAAGUUCUACGGCCGCGCCGGCCUCAUGAACCUCAUCAACGCCGGGCCCAACCACCUCCGCCCUGCUAUAUUCCGCUCGCUGCUUUACGAAGCCUGCGGUCGGAUCGUGAACCCGAUCUACGGCUCGGUCGGCCUGCUGUGGUCUGGAAACUGGCCGCUCUGCCAGGCCGCCGUGGAGAACGUCCUCCGGGGCGCGCCCAUCGCCCAGAUCUCCUCCGACUCGGCCGCGGCCGCCGUCCCGCCCACCAAGGCCUACGACAUCCGCCACGUGGCGAAGAACUCGGACAUCGCUGAGGAGCUACACAAGGUCGCCAAGCCCCGCCCACGCUUCAAGCGCUCUGGCCAUGUCAUCAAGCCCAAGGCCAUGCCCGGCUUCAUCGCCGCCGAGCCGGGAGGGGACGAUCCGGCUGUGGUCUGUCCCGGCGGGAGCUGCCCGGUGGAACCGGCGAAUAGAGGGGAGAACGGGAGCGUGUUCUCGGUGGAGUCGAUGGAGUGGUCGCACGUGAGCCAGGCGGAGCCGAACGACAGCGGAUCCGAGGCGGAGGUGGUGGAGCUGGAUCUGACCCUUGGACUCCGGACGGCGGCCCUGCCGGCCGAGGAGGGGCGGGUCGAGGUGGGCGCCCAGGGAGCUGACGCGUGUCCCGUGGAGCUGGGGCUCGGCCUGAUCGCGUGAGCUGGUUACCUGGUCCUGGAUGCCGAUGGAAACAUCCAGUAGUGGCGGGGCGUGUCAAUUUUGUCCGUCUUUAUUUUUCUCUAUUUCUUUUAUUUUAUAUAGAAAUCCGUUGUAAUAGUUUUUUUGUUCUUUUUUAUCCUCUCUCCUCUGUCAGCAUCUUUACUUACUUUAUAGCUAGCUUUUCAGCUUUAAAUUCCUCCGUCCUUGUAUACAGUUGUACGUCCUUGUUUUCAUAAAUAGAAGAGUCCAAAUAUUUCCAUCA